CUUCCACUUUUACUUUAUGCUUAAUUCUCUCUUGAUAGUCAGUCUAUCCUUACUAUGUUGGAAGACAGCAGCCGACAAUCCCUACCAAGGUUGUGACUGUGGAUUUGUCAAUGAAAACGGCUUGUUCACCAACUACUGGAUAAGCGACUUUGCAAAUUACUCUAACGAUAUUCACCGAGACAAAGAAUUUUAUGUUGCCAACUACACCAUCGAGGCGAAGUACCCUGGUACAUUCCCCAGAAGCUUUGAUCCAAAUAACGUUAACGUUAUUAACAAUGCCUUACAACUUGCCGUGACGAUUGGCGACGAUCCUCAGUGUGGCGCAAUUGGCACCAAACGGCAAGAUAUUUUUUAUGGUAGCUUUCGAGCAUAUAUCAAAACAACGAAUGUGCCGGGAACUGUGUCAGCAUUCUUUUUGUACGGGAAUGACAGCGAAAUAGAUAUGGAGACUCUAAGUGCUUUGAAUCCGCCGGAAACGUAUUUUGCGAUACAUCCAGGAUUAACCGAUGCCCAAUCUGGUAGAGCGUCGGCACUCACUCACACUAAUUAUAUGUUGAACUACACACCCUCGGAGGAAUAUCAUGAGUAUCGCUUUGAUUGGAUUCCCGGUCUAGCUAUUUUUUAUAUUGACGGAAAGGAAGCCAAUCGGCUUUAUACCAAUAUUCCGACUGUGCCAGGCCGUAUUCUGGUAAAUCACUGGACGGAUGGCAAUGCCAACUUUUCACAAGGACCACCAAAACAGAACGCAUUCAUGGACGUUCAGAACAUCACUCUAUUUUUCAACGUUUCAUCUAACGACUCUUCAGCUAAUAACAUGGCUUGUCAGACAAGCCAUCAAGCCUGCUCCAUUGACGUAACAACCGCAGAAAGCAUGCCUACGCCAUCUCCUUCAGUAUCCCAAUCUGGGGCUGUGUCCUUGCAGAGUUCGAUUGCUCUACUCUCCCUACCGGCCACGUUGAUCGCUGCUAUACUUUGCCAUUACUUUAUAUAGAGUCGUGUACACCGCAUCGUGGUUGAUUUUAAUAUAUGUUGUUCAACGAUAUAGCAAACUGUCUAUGAGGAAUUUAGAGAAAAAAUGUUCUGUAUGUACAAAUUGGUAAAAUGUGAGG